GUUUGUCGAAGCGAGACGGAGCGACAAGCGAGAGUGAACGGACGGACACACACACUUUUUUUUAACAUUUUUUAAAAUUGCCAAAACGUUUAUAAAUUCGGUUUGUUUUAUCCUAAAUACCGACUCCCCUAAUUGUUUUUUUAUUUAGUUUUGUCGCGCACAUAAAGUUUCCUUUAGGCGGUAAUGCGAACCGCAUCUCCCCCUGUUGCCCUUUAGCAGUUUCCCUCGCAAACCCGUUAAAAAAGAUGCCUCUGUUAAGAAAGCAGCUUUUCGAGAAACAGGAGGCCCCCGUGUUCCUUAGGGACGAGGAGGAAGUUUUCUACUGUGAAAUCACCAACGAGAUCUUCAGGGAAUACCAUGACUUUUCCGAACGUAUGUUCCUGUGCAACUCCAUGGUGUGGACCUGCGCCCUCACAGGAAAAUCAAACCUGACCUACGAGGAAGCGGUUCAAAGCGAACAAGACGCCCUACGAAGCCUAAAAGAGUUCACUUCUGACCUGAAUUUACCGAUUCUCUACCUUUCGACCCUCACCAAACGCACAUCGUUCGGCGAAAUGGCCGAGGACAUUUUCAUGUACGUGAAAGACCGCUAUUUCGUCGGAGAAAACGUCGAGGGUUGUUUUGCCAAUAACAAGUGGAAGGAUUGCCAUGUUAUAUCUGUAAUUGCUCCCGAUGAGACUGUUUAUAAGCACGAAAUUAAAGAGAAUUGCAAUAAAAGCCCCUCGGAGCGUUCAUUUAUACCUUCGGCUAGCUUGUACAAGUAUGAAAUCGAACAUACAGACGCAAACGAUGCGGACGUAAGCGAAAUGAUGAUCGUGGACAGCAGCCAAAUAAGGAGGAAAAAGCAAAGUUUUUCAAGGGAAAAAUGCAAACUCUUUUUAAAACAGAACGUCGAACAAGACUCCAGGGGGAUUUUCGUGAUAAAAAAGGACGUAAUCGAGAAACACAACGUCACGAGCGUCAUGUGGGAAACGAUCUUCGACGGGCCGCUGCCCGAUUUUCAAUCCUCCAAGAAGUUCGAUAAAGCCUUAAACGGUAAGAAGAAGCACAAGCAGGUCACGAUGGCGAAAUAUUUGGAGAAGAACGGACUGGCCAUGAAGAAACCGGAGAACAAAGCGAAAAGUAUCGAAUUCCUGGAGCAAAUGAAGAAGAGAGAGGAAGAGUUUAAGAUACAGAAGCAGCUGAACGAAGAGAGAAAGGCGCAAGAAAAAUUGAAAAAGAAGGAGGAACACUUGCAACUGACCAAGUACCUUAAGGACUGGUCUAAAGUUAAGGAGGAUCUUGAGCUGGAAGAUCAUGCAAAACUUCCGGAACCGAUCCCGAUAAAAACCAAAGUCCCCGACCAGUAUUUCGGCGAGAUGCUCAUGAUCUUGGAGUUUGUGCAGAAUUUCCAAAAGAUCUUGUGCACCAAGAACUUCUUUCCCGACGGUAUUAAUUUGGAGAUUUUGGAGAGGGCGCUGAUGCAAACGGAGGUGGCUGGACCGUUUAUCGAUCUCGUUCAGAUGUUUUUGAGCGCCAUUUUUGAUUGUCUGGAUGAGGAAUCGAAGCACUGUAAUAUCGGGAUCGAGACUCUUAAAACGACGGUGGAUAGAUAUACCGAUUCUGCAGAGGACAUCGUCCAAAAACUAGACGGCGGCCCACCCAACCUCGAACAAGCCACCGUACUAGCAACCAUAGCCGCCCACUUUCCACUAAAAUUCCAAGGUUUACCCCUUACUCGUCUCCCAUUGUUCGCCCUAACAGUAUCCGAGGUCCUGCGACUCCAUUUACUCGCAUCCGGAGCCCGGAUCAGAGACUCAGGGUGGCGAUGGCGUUACGCCCAACGCGGCGGUUUCACCUGCGAGGACGAUCCCGGAUUGUACAUGCGAGUGAAACACAGUCACAUCAUAAAAUCCCUCGAGGUUUACAACGUGGUCCAACUCCCCCUGGCGGACAAGAUCGAGAUACUGUCCUGUCUGAUGAAUCAGAUCCUGGGGUACGCGGACGUGCGGGAUAUCGUGGAAGAAAACUUCGAGGAGGUGCGUACGUUGAAGCAGCAAUUGCGUAUCGCCCGCAUAAGCGAGAAAAAGGCGGAAGCGGAUUUUUUGGCGAAGAAUCAGGCGCUGAAGAAGGAAAUGAGCGGAAAUCGGGAGGGUUUGAAGGUCGCGUUGGAGAAGUAUAAGGUGGCUUUUGAGAAGAAACAGGCGGUGAUACGGGCGAAGAUUCAGAAGUUGUCCAAGUCGGUUAACGAGGGACAAGUUGUGCUCGGGAGAGACCGAGCAUUCAGAACCUACCUAAAAAUCGACUCGGUACCGGGCUUAUUCGUGAUGUGGGACGGCGCAAUGGCCGGUACAUGUUUGGAAAAAGCGACGAUCCAAUACCCGGGUGUCAGUGGAGCUAGCAGACCGGACCUUUUGAAGCACAUCAAGAAUCUUUACGAGAAACCAUUGCCCAACGAGAAUCAUUCGAAUGUUUCGGUUAAGACGGAGGGAUCUCCCAAAAAAAUGAACGGUACGGUAAAUUCCCUUACAGAACCGGACCCAGUAGACUACGAAACUUACUCGAACUUACUCCUCUGUACCAGUGACAUCAGCAGGUGCCCAGUCCACACCGAUAACCCGAUCAACCCCCGGUGGGCGUUCUUUUAUCGGAAAGAGCACCUGGAAGCACUAAUUGAGGCGCUGAACAAACGGGGCCUACGAGAGAAAGAGCUGAAAGAAAUGUUAAAAGAGGAGGAGGACACUUUGCUCGAAUUGAUGGAGAAAACGCCCGUUGCAGUAUUAAAUCCCGAGGCGGCCAUCAAGUUGGAACCGGAGGGAAUUAAAGAGACGAGGCACAAUGGAUCUAAAAAGAAAGACAGAUAUGAAGAUGCAAAUUUAGGUUACCCGAAUGAAAUGAGCUUAAACGAAGUGCUAGAAAACGCUUUAAUAGACACCAUCUUAGAAAUGGAAGAAAAACUGUCGGCGGGCGCCCUAGGAACAUUACCGGUCAAAGAUAGGGAACACUGGCGCAAUUGUUUACAAAAUAAAAACUACCUGGAGUUCGGCAAUAUCCAGAAAAUUAAUACGGGAGAGAUGGAGAAUAAACAUUUAAAAAUAAAAAAGCGCAGAGAUUCGGAUCGGAGUCGCUCCAGUACCCCGGAGAUCCCGGAGAAAAAAGAAUACCAGGAUCCCGGAAAGUUCUUGGGAACGAUCAAGGAGGAGGUGCCCUCGCAAACCGAGAGCGUUCAAUUGGCGAUUAAAAGUUUGGCGACCGCUUUGGGGCACAUUGCCGAUGCGGUUGAAUAUAAAUUUCUGAAAAGGCCUUUAGGCUCUUGCGACCUAAAAGCGAACGUAAAACAAAAAGAGAAAUACGACGUGUUAGAGAGCUGGCAACAAUCCCUUUCGGCAUCGACCAGUUUCAGUCAGGUGUUCCUCCACUAUGGCACGUUAGACUCGUGCAUCGUAUGGUCGAAAUCCGCGUUGCUGGCCCGAUGUCGGAUCUGCAGGCGUCAAAACGAUUCGGAGAACAUGCUGUUGUGCGACUCCUGCAAUUUGGGCCAUCAUUUGUAUUGUCUCAAACCGAAAUUGACCGCCGUACCUAAAGGCGAUUGGUUCUGUGACCGGUGCAAAAAAGAAAAAGAGGAGCAAGAAAAGUUGUUGAGCCCUGAACCUGUAAAAAAGAGACGGAGGAUAUUCGUGGAAGAGGAAGAAGAGGAGGACGAGGGUGACUCUGGUAACGAGGAUAUCAAUGAGGACGAGGACAUCUGUGUGGAAGAGUGCAGUGAUAAUGAUGAGGAUGUUGAUGAGGAAAAGUUGGAACUAUGUAAAACGUGCGGUGGGGACGGCGAAACGGUACAUUGUGAUAAAUGCGAAUGCAAUUUCCAUAAGGAUUGUGUGGAGCCUCCGUUGCGUAGAUUACCGCGAUCAUCGUGGACUUGUCCCUCGUGUACGAUCAGCAAAUCGAGACCACAAAGUAACGGAACUAGAGAGAAGAGAAAACGCGGAGAAGAAAACGGUUAUGGGACAGGUGGCUACCUACCGGGAGUCACGUAUAGCCAAAGACUUUGCGCCGUGAAGGCCAAUCGUAAGAUCCACGCCUUUACUAAGGCCCUUCACAUUUCGAACGAUAAGUUUUUCGACUUUUCCGGAGGCAGUGAUGAGGAAGAGGUUGUAAAAAAACGUGUGAUGCGGAGAGACGAAAAACGCGACGAUCUACCCUUACACAACUCGGCCCUGCAACAGUUACUUACCGACGUUAUGAAGAAUGAUAAUGCGUGGCCGUUUUUACGGCCCGUACAGCAAAAAGAGGUACCUGAUUACUACGAAAUCAUCAAAGAACCCAUGGACUUUGGCACAAUAAAAUACAACCUUAACAUGGGCAAAUACAGCGCCGAUUCCCAAAUAAUGAAGGAUAUGGCACUCAUUUUCGAUAAUUGUAACACCUAUAAUUCCAGCACGGAUGAGGUGUACAAAUGUGGGGUGAGUCUAAUGGAAUAUUUAUCAAAAAGAGCGAAAGAGUUGGGGUUAACAGUACCGCCAGAGCUAGAAGACGAGAGUUUGGAUAAGAUCAGUAGGCCGAGCAAAAAGCGGCGGACAAAGUAGUAGUGUUUGUUUAUAUUAACCAAUUUAUUAGGAUAUACUCAUUGAAUGCUUAUUGGUCAUGAUGUAAAUAAAAAAUCAAAAUUAGUGUAAAUUUUA